AUGAACUCGACAAGACGUGCUCAGAGCAAGAAUCAGCCGAGCGACGCGAUCGCGAACCAGACUGGGCCAGUCAAGGUCAUAGAACAGGGUAAUGCAAGCGUCGUCGAGGGUACACCACCAACGCCGCGAGUGGAAAGUGAGGUCCUCGGCGAGGAAUGGGACGGCGGGUAG